AUGGCAGAAAAGGCUGCGAAUACUGGGUCCACCGGAUUCUCUCCUGGUCUCAUUGGCUAUCCACAACUCCCGAUGAUCGUGGCUGAAUGGGCAGCUCUACUUCCCUUGGUCUUGCAUCUCGCUAGUUACCAAGCCGACUAUAUGACGAUCGGCGAGAUCUCGCUUCUUGGAAGGCUUCCCAUAAGCCUCUUCCCUACACUGGGCGCAUAUUCCGGGUUCGCGCGUCUGUUAGAAAGAGGUCCCAAUUAUCUGGACUACGCCAGCGCCAAAGGGGGAUCAAGUCACCGAGCCUGGGAUGUGAAUUUCGGGAAUGCCUUUACUGUCACCAAUGGCGCAACAAGCGCUACAAUCAUGUCGUCUGUGCUUGAGAAGCGAAAGCCUUCACGCAUAAGGAUAGAAUUACCCAUACAGAGUAAUCAGCAGGUGAAAGGCGACGAGGCAAGAAAAGUCUAUCGGCCUCAAGUCCUGAACGUAUACCAGUUUCAAAAAACGGAAGGCCACAAGCGCACAUUAAUUCAACGGGCACCAGGAAACUCGAAACUGGCGACAGCGUUCAUGAUCCUCUUAGUCGCUAUUCUAGUAGGCAUCGCCAUCUUUUUGGGAAUCUUUGGGACUUUUGGGAGCGCAGUCAUAGUCCUUCUUUGUGCCAUCUCUGUCGUGGUCUGUGAAACGACUCCAAUUCGACGACCAGCGAUCUAUCUCGAAACCGGCGAGACUCACGAUGCCUGCAUGCUUGUUGCAGCGCAUGAAAAUGCGACAGAGUGGCACCUUUGCAUCGGUGAUCUUGGAGUGGUCGAUACGGUCCUCAACAAACCGGUGAUCGUCCUUCCGCAAGGCACGCGCGCUCGCCUGGCCGCUUUCUGGUUCCGGUGUGCACACAUCAUACAACUCACGGCAAUGACUUUUGUGGCAGGUCAGAAAGGCUGGGAUGGGGUUUGUCUUGUGAUUCUUCUGGUCAUCCACUACAUCGUUUCCUGGAACUUCCAUCCCAAGAAGCUGGCGAGAAGAUGGCUCGAAAAAGAGGGUAUUGAUGUCAAGGUCGAGAGCUUCGAAUUCCAUGGUCGUUCGGAUCUUAUUCACACUAUCCAAUUUCUCAGCGGAACUGAAUGCCACCGGUGGAUAGAUGAAAUCAUGGUGCCGCAUCCACGUCGUAACUUCUCAUUGGAGAUGCUGCAGCUGCCAGCAAAUCAAACUGUACAAUUUCCAAAAGAAUUUAACGCCCAUGAUCGGGGAAAGAUGUUGCGCAAUGUUAGGGCCGCAAGGCUGGGGGCUUCGAAGAUCAAGGACGUGCUAAAGGAUGCUAAAGUCGUAUCUCACUUUACUUCUCCCUAG